AAAUGGAGGAAGUUCUGGAGUGUCUUGUACCGGGAAAGCUCCUGCUCCAUGGCCCGCCUGGAGCUCAUAGAGGGCUCAGCACCCGAGAGGCUGCGGAAGGGUGACAGCAGCAAGAGCACCGACAGGAGGUACCUCCUGGCCGCCGAUGCCACCGAGGUGACUGACUGGAUCCAGAAGCUGUGCGAGCUGGCAUUCCCGAGGAGCAGGGAGGAGCAGGCAGCAAUCAAGGAGGGUCAGCAGAGCGCACUGGGCACUGAUGGAGAGUUCUCCAUGGAGGAAAACACCCUCUACAGCUCCCGGAACAAAGACUUCCUGCGGCGCUUCGGGCGGGAUAAGGUCACCUUCUCCUUCGAGGCCGGGCGGCGCUCCGCAUCUGGAGAAGGUAACUUUGAAUUUGAGACCAGGCAAGGCAAUGAGAUCUUCCAGGCCAUUGAACUGGCCAUCAGCGAGCACCAGGGCCGGGAGGCCGAGGAGCC